AUCUUUAGCUAAACACGCCUGCUGCGAUAGAAAGUUCCCACAAACAUCCGGAGCAGCCGAAGGUUGCCUUCCGGCAUUCAAGCUUGCAAACAGACUUCGUACCAAAAUGACUACCACACGGGAAGAUGUCCUGCUGCAGAUGGGAGAGGUCCGCUUCAAGAAGGGCGAUGGCACGCUCUACAUAAUGAAUGAGCGGAUCGCCUGGAUUGCGGAGCAUCGCGACACGGUGGCCGUUUCGCAUCGUUUUCAGGAUAUUAAAAUGCAAAAGAUUUCCCCCGAGGGCAAACCGAAGGUGCAGCUGCAGGUCGUACUGAAUGAUGGUAACAAUUCUACGUUCCAUUUCGUCAACCGUCUCGGUGCGCCAGCUCAGAUGGCCGACCGGGACAAGGUAAAGGAGCUGCUCCAGCAACUUCUGCCAAACUUUCGGCGUAAGAUCGACAAGGAGCUUGAGGAGAAGAACCGCAUCCUGACCGAGAACCCGUCGCUCCUGCAACUGUACCGUGACCUCGUCAUCACGCAGGUAAUGACGAGCGAAGAGUUUUGGGCCCGCCACGCCAAGGGACACAUGCAGAAGGAGCAAACGGUGAAGCAGGACAUUGGCGUUUCGGGUGCGUUCCUGGCCGACAUUAAACCACAAACCGACGGUUGCAACGGACUGCGCUACAAUCUGACGGCGGAUAUAAUCGAGUGUAUCUUCAAGACGUACCCGGCCGUCAAGCGAAAACACACCGAGCACGUCCCGGCCAAACUGACCGAGGCCGAGUUUUGGACAAAGUUUUUCCAGUCGCACUACUUCCACCGCGAUCGCAUCGUGGCCGGCACGAAGGACAUCUUUACCGAGUGUGGUAAGAUCGAUGAUCAGCAGCUGCGGUUGGCGGUGCAGGAGAAUCUCGGCGAUCCGCUGCUCGACAUACGCGGAUUCGAGGAUAACACGCUCGAGGAAGGGUUUUGCAGCUCGGCUACCGCCAGCCGGCAUUCGACGGUCAACAGUGGCAACAUCGUGCACCAGAGCAUGAUCAAGCGUUUCAAUCAGCAUUCGUUUUCGGUGCUGAAAACGUGCACCGAUGUGAAGACGCUCAACUGUGGUAUCGGAGCGAUCCUAUCAGCGACACCGACGCACGGCACGGCAGGUGAAAACGCGGCCAACGGUGGAGCAAUGGCAAACGGCGGAGGAAAGGAUCACAACAACGGCGGCGACACGGGUGGUAAUAACAACAACAAUAACGUGGUGAAUGGGUUCAGCAAAAAGGAUAAGUCGCACAAAAAUGGCAACAACAACCAUCAUCACGCCGGGACCGUGAACGGGAUUGACCAUAGGAAUGGCGGUGGUGGCGUUGCCAAUGGAACGUUCGUUGAACCGACGAUCAAAAAAGCUCGCAUUCAGGCCAAAAUUACGUACGAUGAUCUGGAGGGUGACGAAGAGGAAGAGCAGCGGAGACGGCGGGUGAAGCAGCUGAAUCUGACCAAAAUCGAACGCUACCUUCACGGGCCGGUUCCGGCAAGCGGCAAUUUCGGGGAGCACUCCGGGAUGCACGGCGGAGAAAGUUCUUCGGCAGCCGCCGGGGGUGUUCUGCAUGAUUUCGAAACGAUCGAUACGAUGAUAGUGGACGCAGCGAAUAACGCGUGGAGUGCCAGGACUCCUCACAAACUUCUUGUUAGUCCGGCUGCCGCCGUUAGCGCGCUGGGAGAUCUUAGUCCAGGCGGUGCCCUUAUGAGAGGAUUCCAGGAGCAGAGCCUUGCACAGUUGGUCCCUCCCGACAUCGAGAAGGAGGUGCGUAAUCUCUACCUAUCGCUGCUCGAGCUGCUAAAAGAGUUCUGGAAGUGCUUCCCGCCGACUACACCACAGCUCGAGGCGGAAGCGACGCGCAUGCACGACAUCCUGCAGCGCUUUGCGAUGGUCAAGCUGAAACCGUUCGAGGACCGUGCCAUGAGAGAGCUGUUGCCGUUCGGUUCCUCGUUGACGCAACACCUCAACCAGCUGCUUCAGUCGGCCAACCGUAAAUUUGGCACGUGGCAGGACCGGCAGCGACGAGCGCACAGGUAGCAGAGCUACUCUUAGCUGCCUCUCUGUGCCGAUAUUUUUCAUCACAUUUCCGACCCGCCUACACCACCACCGCCUCCUCCGCUCCAGUUAGCCAGAAGGUCUCUGACAUCUUCUUCAAACUCAUCACCACCGUCACCAUUCCCAUCAUCGUUCGGCUGCCGAUAGUAGGAAAUAAGUUGUUUACUUUUUUAUUUAGUCGCUGGUCGUGGAUUCCACAACUUAGCUUUCCUCCCUUCCAAUGAGCAGCUCUCGGAUCACGGAUCUCUCGAACCGUGCCUCCUCGAACCGUUCUAUACGUUUGUGGUGUGCUUUGUGGCUGGACACUUCUUUGUUUGGUAUUUCUGAGGUAACGAGGAUUGUUUUUGUAAUUGUCAACAGAAUCCAGGGAACGGGUUGAAUGGGGACACAGGUACCACUUUACGCAAAAGCACAGUUUUGUUCAGCAUUGUCAGAAAAUGUAGAGAAUAGUAAUAGAGAGAGACAGUAGUCAAUGGACGCUGCAGGGCAGAUAGAGGAACUUCAUUGCUGCAGUUUAAUGCUUUCAUUAAACUGCUCUACUUUCUCAAACAAAACAUACAUUCUCAUAACAUAAUUUAAUUACUAUUAUCCAUUCUCUUUUAUCACCCCGUUGUCAUCGCCAAUCAUGAUCGCUAGUUGCGCUUCGAGCUCCAUCGUACGCUAGAGACUACGCAAACUAUCUUUUUGGCACAACACUGCUUAGCAAUUCAGGAGCCCAAUUCUUCUCAGCCCCAUUGAGGAUCCACAUUGAGUCAGGACUGAAAAUACGUUAGGUGUAAAGCAGAGAUGGUUGUGGUGGUGGUCAAACUAAGAGGAAGAAAUAUGGUUCGUGUUCGAAACACACCGAGAAACAGUUGGGAUGAAAACCGAAAAAAAUGACUGAAUGAACUGCCUGUAGAAGAUUUAAAACACAAAUCAAAUUAUAAACUAAACUAACCACGCAAGUUCACCAAUAGCGCUCGUGCCCCUUUGCAAGCUUGGGCAGAGUGGGAUACAAUACACGUAAUCAUCCACAUUUGAAGCAAAUAACUUCAACCAACGGUUAGUGCCUCGGCUACCCUGAGGGAUGGUCCUAGGAAACUGGACGGUCCCCACCGGACCCAUGUCCACACUUGCAGAAGAAUUGAGGAAUUAUCAAGAGGCAGAACCAUAUCCGGGAAUUGACCGUGCCAGAUCAGGGCAGCAGAUACAGAUCCUACGUGUGAUAUAGUGUGGCGACGAAAAUUCCAUUCAGAGAGAGAGCGAUGCGAUUACAAUGCGCAGUAGGAACCGAACCGAAGGCAACCGGAUCCGAUGGCGGUUGUACCACAUACGAGGUGAUCAAUAAAGAACUAGUGCCGGAUUUUCUUCUUACGCGCACGCGCGCGCGAGGAGUUACAGA